AUGGAAAACGCGCGGCACGAAACUUUGUUAAGACUGACAUUGUGUGAGGAGAAUACUGACGAAAUUAUUGCUAAGAGAUUACAAGAAGAGGAGAAGAAAGAAUUUCUUUUGCUUCAAGAAGAUUCAAAAUCGUUAGAAUUAGCACUUAAGUUGCAAGCUGAAGAAUCUAAAGAAAAUAAUGCAGAUUUAUUAACGGUCCUUGAUCCACGUGAUCCCAAUCCUGAUCUUCAUGGACUUUUUCUCGCAUUUAACCAACAAUACUUUUGGGGUAAAUUGGAUGGAGUAGAAGUUCGUUGGUCAAAUAAAAUGACAUUGUGUGCGGGCUUAUGUGAGUAUCGAAACGGUGGUUACAUUUGUAUAAGAAUGAGCGAACCAUUAUUGAAAUUUCGACCAAGAUCAGACAUGAUUGAUACAUUAAUGCACGAGAUGAUCCAUGCCUUUCUUUUUGUGACGCAUAAUAUUAAAGAUAGAUCUGGACACGGACCAGAAUUUCAUAGUCAUAUGCAUCGCAUUAACGCUUUGGCUGGAACGAAUGUAACAGUUUAUCACAACUUUCGUGAAGAGGUCAAUUAUUACAAAACACACGUUUGGAAAUGUGACGGACCAUGUCAGCAUAAUCCACCAUAUUAUGGAAUAGUUAGGCGUUCGAUGAACAGGAAACCGCAAAAAGCGGAUUCCUGGUUUGAGAAUCAUCAGGCAACUUGUGAUAAAUGGAUCGAUAAAGGACGAGAUGAAAAAAGUUUUGUUAAUAAAAAAGUAAGGCUCAUCGAUUUUGAUGAUACGAAUGCACCCAUUCAAAUUUCGGAUGAUGAGACUGAAAAGUCUCAUGCACAAAUUACAUCUGCCAGUGAUGCGUCAUCAUCCAAAAUGUUGUCUACGGUGCAAUGUCCAAUUUGUGGGAAUAACUCAAUUAAAGCAGAUGAGAUUAACGAACACAUCGAUUUAUGUAUUUGGAUGACAGAACAAUCAAUGAGCGUGAAAUAA